AUGUCCAAUCUCCCCGACAUCGACGCCAAACGUGAAGACAGUAUCUCUCUGAAGGAAGUGGUCUCGGAGGGUUCGGGCGAUGUAUAUUGUCCCGAGGUCGAUGUCAGCGGCGUGGACGAGCGGAAACUGAUGCGCAAGAUCGACUUGAGACUCAUCCCAUACCUGACGCUGCUUUACCUCAUGAACUCGCUCGACAGAGGCUCCAUUGGGAAUGCACGGUUAUAUGGGAUGGAGGCGGACAUCGGCAUCAGUGACAAGCAAUAUCUGCUCGCCCUCACGGCGUUCUUCUUCCCGUAUUCUUUCCUAGAGCCGCCCAGCAAUCUCGCACUCCGCAGGCUGCGGCCGUCACGUUGGUUCGCAUUCACCGUUUUUGUAUGGGGCGUGGCAAUGAUGUGUCAUGCGUUUGCCAAAGACUAUGCGCAGCUGGUUGGUUUGCGUAUCUUGCUCGGAGCCGCAGAAUCUGCGUUGUAUCCAGGCAUUGUCUUCUUCAUAUCUUGUUGGUACAAACGUUCACAACGCGGUACCCGCCUUGCCGCUUUCUUCACUGCAUCAUCCAUCGCUGGAGCAUUCAGCGGUCUGCUCGCCGCUGCCAUUCACAAUCUCGAUGGAGUCGGGGGUAUCGCAGGCUGGUCAUGGAUAUUCCUCCUGGAAGGGCUUGCCACGAUCGUGUUUGCAAUCAUCGCCCUAUGGGUCCUUCAAGACUUCCCGCAGACGGCGACGAUGUUGACAGAGGAAGAACGCGUGUUCAUCAUCCGUGGACUACAGGCGGAUCAGCAGUUCAGUGCAGUCAGCGGAGAGCGCUUCCAGUGGAGAACCGUAUGGCAAACAUUCCAGGAUCCCAAGACGUACAUUAUCAUGAUCAUCCACGCCGCCUUCGUUGGACCGUUAAUCGCAUUCUCGCUGUUUACACCCACCAUCGUCAACCAGCUUGGGUUCGGCGCGACGGCUGCUAAUCUAUUGAGCGUGCCUGCCUACGUCUGGGGGUGCAUCCUGACAUGCAUCGUUGGUUACUUCGGUGACCGCUUCGGACGAAGAGGAUAUCUCAAUCUUAUUCUCUUUGGUACCGGCUUCGUGGGUUAUCUCAUCCUCGUGAAGUCGCGUACGCCGGGCUUGUCCUAUUUCGCCACCUAUCUCGCAGCAUCGGGCAUUUACCCUACCAUUCCAAAUUCAGUUGCAUGGGUGUCUAGCAACGUCGAGGGAUCGUAUAAACGUGCGCUAACGUUCGGUCUCGCAGUCGGCUUCGGCAAUCUGCAGGGCGCAGUAACGUCAAAUGUAUAUCGCGCCCAAGAUAAACCGUGGUACACACUUGGACAUGGGAUCGUUCUUGCGUAUGCUGGUCUCGGAUUCAUCACUUCCCUGGCGUACAUUCUCGUGCUCCGGAGGGAGAACGCAGCUCGCGAGCGAGGCGAGCGUGACGAGGUCAUCGCUGGCGUGGACAACAAACAUGCAAGCGAGGAUAAUGGAGUCUUUGAGAACACUGACCAUGCACGGCGAGAGAAGGGCGAUGCCUGGAGCGGAUUCCGUUACACGCUCUGA